GGCGCUCAGUAAUGUGUCGCUCACAUGGGGGAAGGCUUUCCGGGAGGACCAGUGUGCGUCUCUGUUUUCCGUCCCCCGCAGCUCAUGAGCCGGUUGCACGCCUGCUGGGGUUACAGAGGACACAGAUAGAGAGCAGGCAGCGAGGGUUCCCCAGCAGCAACCUCGCCAUGUCCUCUCUAUCGGCCUACGCUAUCCGAAUGUCGCGCCUGAGCGCCAGGAUCUUUGGAGAGGUGGUGAAGCCGACUGACACCCGCUCAAUGAAAGUAGUUAAGCUUUUCGGUGAGCAGCCGCUUGCUAAAAGGAAAGGGGUCUAUGACUGGUACCCGCCGCACAAUAUCUAUGGGCCCCUGAUGCGCAAUCUGAGGCUUCUUGGGCUUUACAGGGACGAGCAUGAGGACUUUAAGGACGAAAUGAAACGUUUGCGACGACUGCGUGGUAAAGGUCCGCCCAAGAAGGGUGAAGGCAAGAGAGCCAUGAAGAAGAAAUAAGCUCCUUCCUGCCUGGACACUGCACUGACAGAGGAAGGGAGGACGUGGUGAAAGGUGCAGCAAGUCUCCCGUGCACCGCCAUCGCCCAACUGUGCAACCGGCAGAGGUUCAUGUGUUUUAUGAGGACUGUCACUCCACACCCGUGUGUACAUGCAGCGUGAGCAUUUCCCAAAAUAAAGUUAUCAUGAGAUCUUCAGAGAAA